AUGUUGUUAAGGCUUCAAAGAUACGAGUUCGACGUCACGUACGUGAAAGGAACGCAACUUAUCAUGGCGGAUGCAUUGAGUAGGGCUUUUCUCUCGCAUCCAGAAAUAAUGCGUGAUGGGGAGCAGGGUCCGCAAGUACUCGUAGUUGACGAUGUCGUAGUCGAAGAUGUUAGAUCUCCCACUGAGAUUGCAACCGAACAAGUCAAGAUGCUUCAGUAUCUGCCUGUCAAAGAAGAAACCCUUCAGAGAAUUAAAACAAGCACACGUGAAGACCCCGAGCUUAAGAUUCUGGAGCAAGUGAUCAAGCAAGGUUGGCCGGAGUCAAAGAAGGAAGUUCCAGCACAGGCUUUGAAGUAUGUAGCUUUCCGAGAGGAGUUAACAGCGCAAGAUGGAAUCAUUUUCAAGGGAGAACGUGUGGUCGUACCUCGAUCCUUGCGUAAAGAGUUCACAACGAAGGUCCACGUUAGUCACCUGGGGAUUCAAGCGUGUCUUAGACGAGCUCGGGAAGUAUGGUAUUGGCCAAACAUGAAUAAAGAGAUUACUGAGUACAUUUCAAAAUGUCAGACAUGCAAGACAUACUCUCAAGAGCAACAGAAAGAACCCAUGAUUCCAUAUCCAGUACCUUCUAGACCGUGACAAGUAAUUGGAACUGAUCUGUUUGAAUUCCAAGGAAGAAACUAUCUUGUCACCACAGAUUACUAUUCAAAUUUCUUCGAAGUUGAUAGAUUGUAUUACACAACAUCAAAAGAAGUUAUUUGUAGAUUGAAGGCUCACCUAGCCAGGCACGGUAUACCAGACAGAAUGGUAAGUGACAAUGGACCUCAGUUUACCUCGGAAGAAUUCAGACAAUUCGCCGAUGCUUAUGAGUUUCAACAUGGUACGAGUUCGCCUGAUUAUCCACAGUCGAAUGGAAAGUCUGAGAACGCUGUAAAAACUGCAAAACGAAUAAUGGAGAAGGCGAUGGCAGUUGGAGCAGAUUCCUACCUAGGAUUCCUGGAUUUCCGAAAUACUCCAACUGAAGGUUUGGAUACGUCACCGGUGCAGCGUCUGUUUGGCCGUCGGACAAAAACACUCCUACCCACAUCCAGCAGAUUACUGUCGAUGAGAAAGGACGAUUCGAGUACGGAGCGAAAGUUGAACGACAGGAAAAGAAAACAAAUGUUUUACUAUAACAAAGCGUUGAAGAGUUUAAAGCCGUUAAAGGAAGGAGAUACGGUGUUUGUGAGACCGGCGAGGAGAUCGAAAGAGUGGAAGCGAGCUACUGUCAACAAAGCAGUGGGAAUUACGUCAUAUGGGGUAACUACGGAGCAGGGAAGCAAGAUAAGGAGAAAUCGGAGACAUCUGCGUUUAGCCAGCAAUGAACAGUCUCCGUCAAAUACAGUUAGUGCGAAAUAUAUCGGGGUGUACGUAGAUCCGCCUAGACCAUUGAUAACGGACAGUAAUCAGAUAGAUCAACCUGAUGUCGGAGAAACGAGAACAACGAUGGACAAUUCAAGACCAUUGACAACGGACAGUAAUCAGAUAUACCAGCCUGAUGUCGGAGAAACGAGAACAGAGAUUGAUGAUUCAAACGACAGUACCCAGGUAUCCCAGUCUAGGAACAUGCAGUCCCCUAUACGGUAUAGUUCGAGAGGGCGUGUUUUAAGAAAACCUGUUUACUUAAAGAAUUAUGACUACUAA